AGUAAAAGUGAAUUCGAACUUGAACGUAGUAUUGUUGCUGAAACUGAAAGGUGUAGACAGGAGAACGACGAUUUAGUACAACUACGGGCUCAGAAGUUAAAGGCUCUUCAUGAGGAGAGAAUUCGAAAGCAGAAAGAAGAAGCCAGAAAGAUAGCACCUGGCUUUUUGGACACGGAUCAGAAGAUCUUGACGCCCACAAGGGCUAGUCAGCAGUUAGAGAAUAGUAGUAACACAGUGAUUAACAACGGUGCAGAGAUUGACAAUCAGAAAAGGUUGCAUUCGCGAUCUACGUCGGAUGAAAGGGUCAAAGCGAGGUCACUGGUGCACUUGUUUGAAGAAAGUCUUCCACCACGAAACCCCUGGAAUUCAUCCAAUUCGGUUCAAAAUGAUAUGUCAAUACUGAAAGAGAUGAUCGUGCUGUCAAAUGGAACCCAAAAUUACAUUUCUAAUGGGCACAUCACAUCACCACCUGUCAUGGGACCAUACGUUGUACCAGAGGUAUCUCCAUUGGCACCCACAAAUCCAACCAGGUCAUUUCAUCCGUCACCUCUACUUCAACCCGUUGCAAUGCCUUUACAUCAAUCACCCAGUCAUUCAUUUACACUAGGACCACCACUAUCGACCCAUGGUAAUCCAGAACCUCCGAAGGAGGUAAUCUCGUCGUCGUCAUCCACAACUACCACCAUCACAAACCACUCUUUGACGAAUGAGGAAAAGGGUGAAAAGGAUGAGGCCCACGACUUGAUCAAAGAGUUUACGAACAUGGGGUUUACAAAGUCGCAAGCCGUGGAAGCUUUGGAAAAAUAUAAUAAUGACCCUCAUAAAGCAACAAAUUAUUUAUUGGACAUGCAACAAAAUUAUUGA